AUGCUCUAUAAAAUAAUUAUUUUUAUUAUUUUUUAUUCAAUUAUUGAAUAUUUGUCUGCAGAUGAAGCAAAAUGUUUAAAAUGUAUUUGUAAUCACGAAUCUGGAUGUAAACCUUUAAAAUGUCAUUGGGAUGUUAAUAGCGAUAGUUGUGGUUACUUUCAGAUAAAAUUGCCAUAUUACAAAGACUGUGGAUCGCCGAUGCGUAAAAGUGGAGAAUCUAUUGAUAGUGCUUGGAAAAGAUGUUCUGUUGAUUACCAGUGCUCAUUAAAGUGCGUCCAGGCAUAUAUUAAGAGGUACCAAGGAAAAUGUCCAGCAAACAUGAGUGCCUGUGAGAAAAUGUCUCGUGUUCAUAAUGGAGGGCCAGGCGGAUGUCGGAGCAGUAGUACAAACGGAUAUUGGGCUGUCAUAAAGAAAUGCCAUGGAUAA